AUGAAGGCUCAUACCAUACUGAACUCAGUCUUGGCGACUGACAGUAUAAGCUUGAGUUACGGGGUGGGAGCGACACCAGAAGCAGAGUUCACCCUUGGACAUGCCUUCUUCCACGAGUUUGGUAACUCAUCUAGAGCGGGAGACUUCCACACCAUAUCAGCCUCGGACAGCAGGGUACUUCAAGUAACUUCGGACAACAAAUAUGAGUCCCUCCAGCCAUUGGCCAUUCACACAAGAACACUUUAUUUGAGUCGUCGUGUCCAAACACAUCUCGGAUUGACAGAUCAAGAUGAUGGAUGGGAAGACCAUCCAGCCAAUGUCCCAGAUGUAUCUAACAAACCAACCGAGAUCAAUCUGGCCAAGAUGUGCAGCGAUGCAUACGCUCUGGAGCCAUCGGAACCUGACUGGCUGAACAGUUCACUGGGCUUCAAUCGCUCAGACAGCUUCGGUUGGGUAGGCGAUGGUCUACGAGGCCAUGUCUUCACCGACAAGCGGAACGAGACGGUCAUAGUUGCUUUCAAGGGCACCACGAUCGACCCACGGGAUAAAUGGAGAAACAAUGAUCGAUUAAAUGAUAAUAUGCUGUUCAGCUGUUGUUGCGCAAGUCAACGACCUGAUCCAUUCUGGUACGGCACCGUUUGUGAUUGUGAUACCGACACGUUUCAAUGUAAUGCAACUUGCAUCACUCAAGAGCUUCUCCAGAAGGAUCGAUACUAUCCGACAGCGAUUGCUGUCAUGCAGAAUGUCACUUCCUGGUACCCAAACGCCACUUUCUGGGUUACUGGCCAUUCUUUAGGUGGUGCGGUAGCUAGUCUGGUUGGCUUGACCUUCAACAUGCCGUCUAUCGCGUUUGAAUCCCCGCCUCAGAGGUUACCGGCUCAAAGACUGGGAAUCGCCAUUCCUCCUCACACGGCAGACUACCACGUCGGCAACACGGGAGACCCCGUCUUCAUGGGUGCCUGCAACGGAUACUUUUCCUCGUGCUCAGUCGCUGGCUAUGCAUUCGAAAGCCAAUGCCAUACUGGCAAACGCUGUGUGUACGAUACGGUCGGUGAUAAGGGCUGGCAUUUGAAUAUCAACAAUCAUAGAUUGAACGUUGUUAUACACGAAGUUCUCGAAGCGUACAAUAAUACUCCUGUCUGUGAAUCUGAUGAUGAAUGUGUGGACUGCUUUAGCUGGAAAUUCAACACCUCACAGACAGUCCAUCGUCCUUAA